AUGACCUCUCUAACCGGGACAACACCGCGGAUGAUGCGCCCGAGCCCAGGUCAGAAUUAUAACAGGACCGGCUUCCCUCUGGAAGUGUCCACACCUCUGGGUCAGGGGAGAGUUAACCAGCUGGGCGGAGUGUUCAUUAACGGCAGGCCCCUACCGAACCAUAUUCGACACAAAAUCGUGGAGAUGGCCCAUCACGGUAUCCGGCCCUGUGUCAUCUCCAGGCAGCUGCGAGUCUCUCACGGCUGCGUGUCCAAAAUCCUGUGUCGCUACCAGGAGACUGGCUCUAUCCGGCCCGGGGCAAUCGGAGGCAGCAAGCCCAGGCAGGUAGCAACGCCUGAUGUAGAGAAAAAGAUCGAGGAGUACAAGAGAGAAAACCCGGGGAUGUUUAGCUGGGAGAUCAGAGACAAGCUGCUCAAGGACAGUAUCUGUGACAGGAGCACUGUACCUUCAGUGAGUUCGAUCAGUCGGGUGUUAAGAGCCAAGUUUGGAAGGAGAGAUGAUGACGAAGAUAUGGAGAAGAAAGAGGAUGAAGGGGGCAGAAAGACUAAGCAUAGUAUUGAUGGAAUCCUCGGGGAGAAAGUACCAUGGCAGUUAUUAAGCCCACCUGAGAAGACAGGGUUUUGGUUCAACAUCGCAUCCAAAAGACUAAAAAAGCGCAUAUCAUUGUUGUCGUCGUCAUCAUGGUUCAUUCUGCUAAUUGUGGUGCAUGGAUUCCUGCUGUAA